GUUCACGAAUUUCACCCUUUCAGGCUUUUCAUUCCUUUGGUUAAUUUACUUGUUUCUUUGAUUAUGGCUGAGGCCGAAGCCGAAGCCAUACCGUCAUCGAGUAAAGAUGUCGAUGUCGAAGUUGUCCAUGUGGAAUCAAGUCAAACUCCCAGUUCUGGAAAUAAGAGUCAAGCUCGAGCUAAAGCAUCACCAUAUGUUGUAUUUGUGCCAUCAAAAUUUUUUAAAAAAAUAACUUCAAAUGAAAAAAGCACAGUAUACAAAUGUUUACUCGGAUGUCCCUCAACAAGAACCACUACAGUCUUCCACUCUUCAUUGAUGAAUGCACGAAGACAUAUCACUACUUAUCAUCGUGCCAGGUUAAGUGACUUCAAUGCAGCCUUUGCAGCUGGUAAAAGUGCAGCCAACGAUAAAACAUCUCCAUGUCAAAGUAUGGAUAAACACCUGGUUAAUCUAAAGGAGUCCACGACAAAUAAACAGGUCCUAACACAAGCAGAUCUUGACACCAAAAUAAUGAAAUUCAUUAUAAAAGACUCGCUUUCUAUAAGGGAAGUGGAGAGAGAAGGCUUUCGGGAUCUAAUGGGCAGCCUUGUAGGCAAAUUAGUUGUCAAGAAGAGGACAUAUUUCACUGAGCGUCUACAGACCGAAUAUUCAAAUACGAAGACAAAUUUAAUUCUUGCCCUAGAAUCAGCUCUUCAUGUUUCAACGACGGCCGAUUUGUGGUCAGGCCGUAGAAGAAGUUUCUUGGGGAUGACGGUGCAUUGGCUUGGAUCUGACUUGUUAAGAUGCAGUGCCUGUUUGGCUGUACGCCGUGUGAUUGGGUCUCACACCUUUGAUGUCAUAGCAAAAUUAAUUGACAGCAUUCAUAAAGAAUUUGGCAUUUCUUCUAAAGUCAAUUGCACAAUUACCGACAAUGGCAGUAACUUCUUGAAAGCUUUUAACGUCUUUGGACCCAACACAGCAACAUCAGAACCAGAAGAUGAAGAUGAAGAAGAUCUUGAAGACGACGACGAUUUUGAUUUUAUAGACAUUGGAGAGAUUUUUGAUCGUCAUUCACAGGAGUGUGCAGAUAAGGAAGCCACCACUUCAGAAGAAUCUGACGACGACAACAUCAAUGUGGCUGUUACCGAAAAAGAACGAAUCAAACUCCCGCGACACAUGAGAUGCUCCUGUCACUUACUGAACUUAAUCGCGACUACUGACGUUAGCAAUAUCUCCAACGCUGCUUUCAAAAAAUUAAAGAGGCGCAUUGAAGCGAAACUUCAAGCAAUAUGGAACAAGCAAGCACGCAGCUCUUUGGCGUCGGAUUACAUCAAGAGUAAACUCGGUGUCCUUUUCGUCCUCUACAAUGUCACUAGGUGGAACUCGUUCUUCGACUCCGUUGAGUGCGUAACAAAGCUGAUAGGGUCGAAAAAUGAGGAGCUUGCAGAAGUUUUCCAUCACUUUAACAUUGCGCCUUUAACUAAAACUGAAGAAGAAUUUCUGAUUGAAGAUUUGGACUAA